CCGAAAAUUAAAAAGAGAAGCUCUCAGUUUGUUUACUUUGCAUGCAAUGUGAAACAAAAACAUGAGUCUCUCGGCUGUCUCCAGCCUUUUCACCAGCGGUGUUUCGGCCUGGCCCCCGCCCGGACCUCUCGCCAACUCCUUCCAGUUCCAUCAUCAGGGCUCGAACUUCGCCAUAUUCCUGAUAUUCUUCGCCUUGUGCAUGAUGGAGGUGGUGGUCCUCAGGAUCAUCACGGAGGAGCAGGCGAGGAGUGAGCGCACGAGGAGUGUUACUUCCAUGUGGUUUGAUAUGGAUGAAGAAUGAUGUAAUUAAAAUGCGUGACAUGUUAUUGAUAGCGGUGAUAUGUUAUCGAUAGGGUGAUAUUGACAAAAUGUGA